AAGUCUCCACUCUCCAGGUCUCCACUCCCCGCGGCCGGCUCCUCUGCAGCCCCAGUCCCCUCCGGCCCAACAACAGCUUACAGCUCCACCACCGCCGCUCCGCAGGCAGUCAAAAGCUGCCAUGGACACGGACGACGCGCAGGAGCCGGCCACCCCAACCUCCCCGUCCCCGUCCCCGUCUUCGUCCUCCUCCUCCUCCUCUUCCUCGUCGUCGUCCCCAAAGAAGCGGGCGCGCAGGGACGGCGGGCGGCACCCGACGUACCGCGGCGUGCGCAUGCGGAGCUGGGGCAAGUGGGUGUCGGAGAUCAGGGAGCCACGCAAGAAGUCCCGCAUCUGGCUGGGCACCUUCGCCACCGCGGAGAUGGCCGCGCGCGCGCACGACGUGGCCGCGCUGGCCAUCAAGGGCGCCCGCGACGCGCACCUCAACUUCCCGGGCCUCGCGCGCCUGCUCCCGCGCCCGGCCACCGCCGCGCCCAGGGACGUGCAGGCCGCGGCGGCGCUCGCCGCGGCCGCCGACUUCCCCCUGCCCAAUGCCGAGAGCGGCGGCUCCGCCUCCGACGGCGCCCCGCAGGACGACGCCGAGCCCAGCCCGGACGACGCGCUGUUCGACCUCCCGGACCUGCUCCUGGCGGACCUGAGAUGCUGCGGGCCGCCGCCGUCGUGGGCCGUCGACGACGACGUGGUCGGCGGAGGCGCGUUCCGGCUCAUCGAGGAGCCGCUGCUGUGGGAGUACUGAACUGGCCAAUGCCACUGCCCAGUGUUGGACCGUUCGGACACAUGUAAAAAUGCCGCUGCUUCCGCUCCUCUCUCUCUCUCUCUCUUCUUCUUCUUCUUCCUAUUAAAAACAUCGAGGUUGCUCUGCUUUUUCUUCUCCGGGUUUUCCUUUGCCAGAUUUAGGCGCCGCGCUUGUAUAAAGUGACUUUCUUUUGUUUCUCUCUCCUCCUCCACUUGCUUGAUUUGGGGGACAAGAAUAUGUAUAAUUAAGAAGCAUCUUGUGUUCCGUCACUUC